AUGCGAGAUCUCAAGCAUUGUCUAAUAAACUCUCGACUCUCAGACCUACCUUUUUGUGGUAAUGCUUUUACUUGGUCAAACAAGCAUGCCAUAGAUCCGAUCUCGAAGAAGCUGGAUAGAACCUUAAUCAAUGAUGAGUGGAUGGUAGCUUUUCCAAACUCUUUAGGAGUCUUUGGCGAACCUGGUUUCUCGGACCACAGCCCUUCCUGUGUCUUCUUGGACACGGGUAAACUAAAGAUCCACAAGCCCUUCAAAUUUCUAACCCUGUUGAACGAUAAUGAGGAAUUUGGGCCUCUAAUAAAGCUAUGGUGGCAAGCUCUGACUUUUGAUUGCUCGAAGAUGCUUCUGGUAUCUAAAAAAUUAAAGGCGCUGAAGAGGGUUAUCAAGGAUUUCUCUCAUGACAACUACUCAGAUUUAGAAAAGCGGACUUCUGAAGCUUUUGAGAAUCUUCAGACUUGUCAGCAAACUCUUCUGGCUUCCCCAUCUGCUCUCUCGUCGCAACUGGAAAAAGAGGCUCAUAUGAAAUGGUGCAUUCUAGCCUCAGCGGAGGAAUCAUUCUUGAGGCAAAAAUCCAGAAUCUGUUGGCUGGAAAAUGGUGACAAGAACUCGAAGUUCUUUCAUAGAGUUGUGUUGUCUCGUCAAGCACAGAACCACAUUCUUUUCUUGCUAGAUGACAACCAUCAGGUGGUGGAGUCGAAGCUUGGGAUACAACAACUUGCGGUGGAUUUCUACAAAACCCUCCUAGGAAGCAAAGGGCCUGUCCAAUCUCCAUCUAUUGAUGCGAUUGAAGACAUUAUAAGUCAACGAUGCUCUGCCUCUGCGAUACAGAUUCUCUCUAGACCAUUUACUCCAGAGGAAAUAAAAACAGUAGGAGCUGACAUGAUAGCAGCGGUUAUGGAGUUCUAUCAUUCAGGACAGAUUCUCAAGAAAUGGAACGCCACACUGCUAACUCUGAUACCUAAAUCGCCAAGUGCCUCCAAAAUGACGGAGUUUAGACCUAUUGCCUGCUGCAACUCUAUCUACAAGGCAACAGAGCUAGUGCAGGGCUAUAAUCAAAAGAAUAUCUCGGAGAGAGGCAUGCUAAAGGUGGAUUUAAAGAAGGCUUUUGACUCAGUUAACUGGGAUUUCAUUAUCUGCAUCCUCAAGGUGAUGGGAUUUCCUCAGCAUUUCGUUCAGCUCAUAACCAAAUGCAUUACUACGACAUCUUUCUCUGUCUCCAUAAACGGAAAAAGUUGUGGCUUUAUCAAGGGAGCCAAGGGUUUGCGACAAGGAGACUCAAUAUCCCCUUAUCUAUUCACUCUUGCAAUGGAGAGGGCUUCACUUCAGAACAUCACAAAAGUGCUCCAGGAUUUCUCAGUUUUGUCUGGUCUGUCCAUGAACAAAGACAAAACGGAUUUAUACUUGGCAGGAGUGAACCAGGAUGAAACCUUACGCAUUGGCACGCUUGGUUUCAACCUCGGUUCACUCCCUAUCCGCUAUCUUGGUCUUCCAUUGAUGCAUCGGAAGCUGCAAAUAUGUGACUACAGUCCUCUGUUGGACAAGAUAUCAGCUAAGUUUUCCUCUUGGUCAGCUCAUGCCCUAUCUUAUGCGGGGAGAAAAGCUUUGAUCACCUCGGUUAUUUAUGGCGUGGUAAACUUCUGGGCAUCAGCUUUCAUACUGCCAAAAGGAUGCAUCAAGAGCAUUGAAAGUAUGUGUUCCAGAUUUCUUUGGUGCGGUGAUAUAACCAAGAAACCAGCUGCUAAAGUUGCUUGGCAGGAUUUGUGCCUGCCGCUUGAGGAAGGAGGCCUUGGUUUUAGAUGCUUUGCUCGGUGGAACAAAACUCUCUGUCUUAAGCUUAUCUGGAGAAUGUUAACUGCCAGGGAUUCCCUAUGGGCGGAUUGGAUGAGGAAUAACAAGAUAAAAGAUGGGGUUUUCUGGCAAAUUGAUGAGAAGAAGCAAACGUCUUGGACCUGGAAAACUCUAUUGCAUCUACGACCCCUUGCUUUGCAAUUCCUACGAUGUCAAGUGGGAAAUGGCAGGAAGGUAAGUUUUUGGUCUGAUUGGUGGUCUCCCUUUGGUCCCCUGCUAGACUUUAUGGGAGCUACUGGACCAUCGCAGACUGGCAUUCCUCUUCAAAAAACUGUGGCGGAUGCAUGCACUCCCGAGGGGUGGCUCUUACGUCAUGCAAGAUCUCCACAAGCUGAACUUCUACAAACUUACCUGACAACAGUGCCUCUACCUUCACUAAGCUGUGAGCCGGAUCGCUAUACCUGGAAAACUGACACUGUGGAGCUGGAUCAAUUUAGCACAAAGAAGACUUGGGACAUCCUGAGACAAAAACAUAACCCACGGAGCUGGUCAAGACAAGUGUGGUUCAAAGGGGCUAUUCCAAGACACGCAUUCAUGAUGUGGCUGAUGCACCUAGACAGAUUACCCACCCAAACAAGACUUGCCUCUUAG